AUGGCUGCCGCGCAGCGCCCGCUACCCGCGAGGGUGGCCGCUGCCCAGCGCCUGGCCCGGGGCUGCUGGUCCGCGUUCUGGGACUACGAGACGCCCAAGGUGAUCGUGGUGAGGAACCGGCGCCUGGGAGCCGUGUACCGCACGGUGCAGCUGCUCAUCCUGCUCUACUUCGUGUGGUACGUGUUCAUCGUACAGAAAAGCUACCAGGACAGCGAGACGGGCCCCGAGAGCUCCAUCAUCACCAAGGUCAAGGGGAUCACCACGUCCGAGCACAAAGUGUGGGAUGUGGAGGAAUACGUGAAGCCCCCUGAGGGGGGAAGCGUGUUCAGCAUCAUCACCAGGAUCGAGGUCACCCCCUCCCAGACCCUGGGAACCUGUCCAGAGAGCAUGAGAGUCCACACCUGCCAUUCGGAUGACGACUGCAUCGCUGGGGAGCUGGACAUGCUAGGCAAUGGACUUAGGACAGGGCACUGUGUGCCCUAUUACUAUGGGGCCUUCAAGACCUGUGAAGUGUCAGCCUGGUGUCCAGUGGAGGACGGAGCCUCUGUCAGCCAAUUUCUGGGUAAAAUGGCUCCAAAUUUUACCAUCCUCAUCAAGAACAGCAUCCACUACCCCAAGUUCAAGUUCUCUAAGGGCAACAUUGCAAGCCAGAAGAAUGACUACCUGAAGCGUUGUACGUUUGACUCGGACUUUGACCCAUACUGUCCCAUCUUCAGGCUGGGCUUCAUUGUGGAACAGGCAGGGGAGAACUUUGAAGAGCUGGCACACAAGGGUGGUGUCAUUGGGGUCAUCAUCAACUGGGACUGUGAUCUGGACCUAUCUGAAUCAGAAUGCAAUCCUAAGUAUUCCUUCCGGAGACUUGACCCCAAGCAUGUCCCUGCCUCCUCAGGCUACAAUUUCAGAUUUGCCAAAUACUACAAGAUAAAUGGCACCACUACUCGCACACUCAUCAAAGCCUACGGGAUUCGCAUUGAUGUUAUUGUACACGGGCAGGCAGGGAAGUUCAGUCUCAUCCCUACCAUCAUUAAUCUGGCCACCGCUCUGACCUCCAUUGGGGUGGGCUCCUUCCUGUGUGACUGGAUCUUACUAACGUUCAUGAACAAAAACAAGGUCUACAGCCACAAGAAAUUCGACAAGAUGGUGGACACAUUCAAUCAGCAUGUACGACAAAGGCCUCCCCAACAGGACAGCAAACCUAUGGAUCCUGAAGGUUUGGCCCAACUCUGACCUCAUCCUCACUAAGCUACAAACUUGGGCCCGGGAGGGCCUCAAAGACAGAGCACAGCCUCAGCUGUUUUGGCAUGUGACUGGGAACCAAGACUUGUGCAAGGGACAGGGCUCUGGCCCUGGGCUUACCUUCUUACCCUCUCCAAGGUUUGUGGGAAGAGGUUGGUCCUGUCACCUCUUCUCCAACCUAUCCCCUCACAGGGGCCUCCUUGUCCCCUCCCUGCCCACCAGUCUUCCUCUCAUACAGGUACUAAGUCAGAGUGGGGCCUUCAUCCUUGCUCUUGGGACCACCAGGAAGCCCUCUAUUUUAUAACCUACAACUCUUCCCAGGCCCUUCCUUUAGAAGUCAGUGUACUAAGUCCA